CAUUGCUGGGCCGGGGAGCUUGCAGCUGCUGUUUCUCCUCCAUUGUCCUGGAGCCCUGGGACUCUGCCUCUCCUUCCAUUAUACUGGGGAGACCUGGAUCUUCCGGAGGAGCUGCAGCCAUGCAGAAACCCUGCAGAGAGAUGGAGGAAUUAAUAGCCGAACUUCGCUUGUUUCUUGAACUUCUGGACAAUGAAUAUCUUACAACAGCCGUUCGGGAGAAAAAGACUGUGAUAAGCAACAUUCUUCACAGGAUUCUGUCAUCCAAAGAAUGUGAGAUGAAGAAUCAUUUUCACAAAACAGACAGCGUGCCUGCACCACCCCAGAUGCCUUUACCAGAAAUUCCUCAACCAUGGCUGCCUCCGGAUAAUGGUCCACCACCUCUGCCAACAUCUUCCCUACCAGAGGGCUAUUAUGAAGAAGCAGUUCCACUUAGCCCUGGUAAAGCCCCUGAAUACAUUACAUCCAAUUACGACUCCGAUGCUAUGAGCAGCUCUUAUGAAUCCUAUGAUGAGGAGGAAGAUGAUGGUAAAGGCCAGAAGAAGAGACUUCAGUGGCCAUCAGAAGAAGCAUCGAUGGACCUUGUGAAGGACGCAAAAAUAUGUGCAUUCCUCCUGCGAAAGAAAAGAUUUGGACAGUGGACUAAACUAUUAUGUGUCAUCAAGGACAACAAACUAUUGUGCUACAAAACCUCUAAGGACCAGCAACCUCAAAUGGAGCUGCCACUGAACGGCUGCUCAGUUUCUUAUGUUCCCAAAGAUGGCAAAAAGAAGAAACACGAACUUAAGAUUGUUCACCAAGGAACAGAUGCUCUGGUCCUUGCUGUCCAGAGUGAGGAACAGGCCGAACAAUGGCUGAAGGUGAUAAAAGAUGUUUGUAGCAGUUAUGGUGGAACUGUCGACUCCGAUGGCCAAUCCUCAAGUUCUCCGGUGCCAAAAUCCGAGCUGGAGAAGAAGUUAUCCUCAGAAAGACCUAGCUCUGACGGGGAAUGUAAUUUGGAGAAUGGGACUGCAGUUCCUAAUGGCAAAGAACAGGUUAAAAGGAAGAAGAUUACAAAAACUGAACCAAAAGGGACAGUGACCAAAGUAACAGGAAAGAAAAUAACAAAAAUAAUGGGCCUUGGGAAGAAAAAGCCUAGCACUGACGAACAAACAUCAUCGGCAGAAGAAGAUGUUCCGACAUGCGGUUAUUUAAAUGUACUUUCCAACAACCGCUGGAGGGAACGCUGGUGUAGAGUCAAAGAUAAUAAACUUAUCUUUCACAAAGACCGGACAGAUCUGAAGACCCACAUAGUUUCAAUCCCUCUCCGAGGGUGUGAAGUUAUUCCUGGCCUGGACUCCAAACAUCCCUUGACUUUCAGGCUCCUUCGUAAUGGUCAGGAAGUCGCUGUACUGGAGGCUUCUUCGUCAGAAAACAUGGGCAGGUGGAUUGGAAUAUUGCUGGCAGAGACUGGCUCGUCUACCGAUCCUGGAGCUCUACAUUAUGAUUACAUUGAUGUGGACACAACGGCUAAUGUGAUACAGACUGCAAAACAGUCGUUUUGUUUUAUGAACAGGAGAGUGAUCUCCACAAAUCCGUAUAGAGAAGCCCCUACCAAUGGCUAUUCGUGUCCCAGUGGCGUGUCCUUGCAUUAUGAUGACGUCCCGUGCAUUAAUGGAUUGUGGAGACCUGAUGAUGACUUUGCUACAUCUCAUAGCUGGAAGAAGGGAGGAGAAGUGCUUUAUGAUAAUGCAGGCCUGUACGAUAACUUACCGUCUCCGAAAAUCUUUGCGCGCUACCCACCAGCUGACAAAAAGGCCAAUAGGGUUUCCACUGACAAAUCUUCUCCUAACCACUACAAAUCUCCUGUCUCAUCCAGUCUUUCUUCUUCGCCUGUCACUAACACCUCUGCUGUGGGGAGGGGAUCACUGAAUACUACAUCCCAGCUGAAGAGCAAGAAGCCCCCUGCCAUGUCUAAUGGUGUCGCAACGAAAACCAGAGUAACCAACAACCAGCAGAAGAAACAAAGUAUGACAACCUGUGUAAAACGCACCGCAUCAAACGCUGAGCAAUACAAAUAUGGAAAGAACCGAGUGGAAGCUGAUGCCAAGAGGCUACAAAUGAAGGAGGAAGAGCUGUUGAAGAAGAAGGAAGCCCUCCGAAACAGGCUGGCCCAGCUCCGGAAAGAGAAAAAGGACAUCCGGGCUGCCAUCGAAGCCAAUGCAGGGAGAAAGUCACAGGUUCUCCUAGAAGACAAGAUGAAGAAGUUGGAAGAUGAAUGUAAAGUGAAAGAAACUGAGCGUGUAAAUCUAGAAUUAGAACUUACGGAGGUAAAAGAGAGCCUGAAAAAAGCCAUGGCUGGAGGGAUCACGCUUGGCCUUGCAAUCGAACCCAAAAGUGGAACGUCAAGACCACAGUCACCUGUUCUCCGGCAUCGUACAGUAGAGAAUUCUCCAAUCUCGAGUUGUGACACCAGUGACGCGGAAUGCUCGCUUCCAGUCAACAGCGCUGCUGCUUUAAAGAGACAGGCUUCUUCAAAUAACUCCCCAAUUAGAGGGCAUGUUUUACGGAAAGCCAAGGAAUGGGAGCAGAAAAAUGGCACAUAAACCAGGGCACUCUGUGUCUGAUGAACAAUCACAGCCUUAAAUAGCAUGGACUAAGAGACUGAGAAGCCACCCCUCCCUGGGCUAUCUGUGCUCCAUGCCACGGACUGCAGCAUAACCGUGAAGGUUUUAUACUCAGAGGACCAAUCACUCAACCUUUUGCAGAACUAGAGAAAGUGACCCACAUCCUUACUGCUGAUGCAGUUCUUUUCAUUCCUCUCCAGCAUUGAAGUGGUUAAUAAUUGUCAAAGGCUCUCACUUCUUAUGAUCUCUGUACAUUCCAAGCUAAAAAAGAAAGAAAACAAAAAAAUGUAACUCCUAAUGUUGUACAACCAACUUUCAAACCUUUAACAUAAUUUGUGUAAGCCGUGUUUUCGUUUCCCUUCUAAUUUGCAAUGGGACCAGUCUCUUGACCGUAUAAUAGUGUAUUUGUUCCACGGUUCCAGUACUCAGUGCUGCCAUAUUACCCAGCAAGGCAUCAUUUACGGACAACUUUUAUCGGGAUUAGUUUGGUCUGUCUACAUCAGAAAGGAGGACCAAGUGAUCCUCAUAGAUGUUGGCAAAGUUCUCCAACUUAACAUAAAACGGACAGUUGAUUGUUCAAUCAUAUAACAGGUGUGCAAUGGCCCUAAAUUCUAAGCUGCACAAUUCUUCCCUAGCAAAUUAUACCAAACGAUUUUAUUUCUGGUCAAUGGUCAUGUUGUAGAGCCAAGCUACAUGUACAUUUAUUAAAUCUUAUCAAACAGAGAGUUGGUCUCUGAAAAUUAACCUAUCCAUUGGUUUAAGUGGGGGCACAAAAAUGCAUCUCAGUGACAAAAGGGCCAGGCAACCUUUGGGAUUCCAGAUAUGGUCUACACCGCCCCAUGGUGCUCUUAUAUCCAUGAUGGCAAAGCAUCAAGGGAGUUGUAGUCCACAACAUCUGGAGUGUCAAAGGUUGUCUAGCCCUGGAAUAGAUUGUCCAUCAUAAACAAUAUAAGAUACUGCAAAUGUGGUUUUCAAAAGUCACAUUUAAUUAUGAUAUGAACCACUUUCUGGACGACAUAUAAUAAUAGAGAUAAAAGCUAUUUUUUUCCAGUUAAUGAGAUAUAAGUGUGAAACUCCGUAUGUAAGCAACAUUAGUAUUGACGUUAACAUCCCAGCCUGAUCGAGAUAUUCCACUCUGUAUACAGUAUUUUUUGAUUUUAGUUUCUUUUUUAAAUAUAAUGAAUUUCAUUAGGGAUAUCUACUGACAAACAAAGAGCAGACAAAAAAGCAAAGUAGAGAAAUAAGCAGAGAGAUGCUUUUGAUUAUUGUGACAACGUUUCUACUUUUAGAACUUUUACCCCAGAAUUUCCCUAAAUACAUAAACCCCAUUUGUUUAAUUCUACAUAUCUCGACAGCCAAGUAUGUCACUGGCCACUGCCUAAAACCCAUCGACCUGGUGUCUGAUAUUGUCAGAUCUUGCCCAUAUCUAGAGAUGUCUCAAUGCAAGCUCUGUUUCUUCCUGCCUCGGUUCUGCAGACUUCCCAUAGUGUUACCUGUAGUGUUCAUAAGUGUCUUGUAAACACAUAGUUUGCAUAAUUUAAAUUAUAUCAUUUAAAAUACAAUAGCUGAGUGGUAAUCUCUGGUUCUUGAUCAGAGUCUCCUCAUGGAGCUUAUGAAUUGAGAGAUUUUCUUUUCCCCUAAUGAAUACAUUUAUCAUCAGAAAUAAUGGUGUUGGAGAGAAACUCAAUGAAUUCAGAUUCAGGCUUUACAGCAGAAAAUUGGCCUUUUGUCCUCAUCAUUAAUCUUCGGCAAUGACCGUAGAACUAUGAAAAUAUGUGUCUGAAUCGCUAGA